UUCUCCCUCUCAUAGUUGUUGGAUCUCCAAUUCCCAAUUGUAAAAUUUCCUUGAUUUACUCUUCAUCUGUGAACCUUCAACCAAUUUAUCACUCCCCAUAAUGCUACCUGAAAAUUUUUGCUUCUCAUUUUUUGGUGAUUUUGUGGAAUGGCAUCAAUCAUUCAUUCCUUUUGGCAGUUUUCUCAAUUGCUGAUAUGGAUUACCUUCCUGUUGAGGUCGUUGGGAAUAUCCUCUCUCACCUCGGAGCAGCGAGGGAUGUGAUUGUAGCAUCUGCAACGUGUAGAAAGUGGCGGGAGGCUUGUCAGAAACACCUCCAUACACUUUCAUUCAAUUCUCAUGAUUGGCCACUCUAUCGAGACCUAAGUACUAGUAGGCUGGAGAUACUGAUUACUCAGACAUUGUUUCAGACAACACAUUUACAAGGUUUAUCGAUAUUGAUGGAUGAUGUUGAUGAGUUCUCAGCUUCCACUGUAGUUGCUUGGCUCAUGUAUACAAGAGAAUCGUUGCAAUGGUUGUUUUACAAUGUCCGUACUAAUCCAAAUAUCAACAUUCUUGAUAUAUGUGGGCGACAGAAGUUGGAAAUGUUGGUGCUUGCUCAUAAUUCUGUAUCAGGGGUUGAACCAAAUUAUCAGAGGUUCCUCUGUUUAAAAUCGCUUUCUUUAAGUUACGUUAGUAUUUCAGCAUUGGAUCUUAAUUUGUUACUCACAGCAUGUCCAAAGAUUGAAAUUUUAGCCCUUGUGAAUCCCGAGAUUGCAAUGUCAGAUGCACAGGUAACUGUUGAGCUAAACAGCACUACACUAAAGAGUAUCUACAUUGAAGCGAUAAGUUUGGACAAGUUUAUAUUGGAGGCUGACAGCCUUGAGAAUCUGCACUUAAAAGACUGUGCACUUGAGCUUUUUGAGCUCGUCGGUAAAGGAACUUUGAAGUAUUUCAAGAUUGAUGAUGUUAGUAUUAUACAUCUUGAUGUUGGUGAGUCUGUUGAUAAUCUUGAAACCGUUGAUGUUAGUAAUUUCACCAUAAAUUGGUCCAAGUUCUAUCAGAUGAUUUCGAAAUCAUCUACAAUGACAAGUCUCAGGUUAUGGGACGUUGUGUUUGAUGAAGAGGAUGAGAUUGUGGAUGUCGAAACAAUUGCACUUUGCUUCCCACAAUUAAACCAUCUUGCAGUUAGUUAUGAUUUACGAGACGACUUACGAGAAGGAAUUCUCCACUAUGGUUUACAAGGAUUAUCUCUGUUAGAGAAUGUCAAUGUGUUGGAGCUGGGAUCAACGGUAAUUAAUGACGUCUUUACUCAAUGGGUUACUGGUCUACUGCAAAGAUGCCCUAAUCUCACUAAAUUAGUUAUUCAUGGAGUGAUUUCCGAGACUAAAACACCUGAAGAGUGUCAAAUGUUAGCCAACUUUACCUCAUCUAUUGUUCAGCUGAUGAGGCGAUACGUACACGUAGAUGUUCAGUUUGAAUUUGAGUAGAUCAGAGACAUACGUUAAUGUGGUAUAUUGGGCUCAAUCAACAAUAUCAGAGGCAGGUAGAAAAGGAGACUUAAAACCCACUGUGGAUAAAGGAGAUGGACUAGCAUGCUAUGAUGUGUCAAAUUUCCAAAUGUCGUCUCCUUAAGUUGGCAAUUUCACGAUCCAACAGUUCGUGUCACAAAAGUAUGAAGUCUACCACGCCAUGUCCUUUUUCUUUUCAUUUUAGUAUGGUCAAAGUUAAUCACCUAAUGAAAUUGAUGACUUAGAUUGUUCUGUGUUUUUUUUGACUAAAAGACUGGAAUGGCUGCAAUCAGACACCAGGUUUUAGUUCAUCUUUUUACUAACUUGUAUAUUAGAAGAGCUGUCAACCAAAAUGCAUUGAAAGAAAUGAGAACCACUGCAUUUUGUAACAAAGAUUACUCUCAUUUGCUUUAUCUACAAAUGGAUCUAAGCCUGUUGAUAGGACUUACAUCUCUUGUAUCUUCGUCCAUCCGACUGUGGAGGUGGAAUGAAUGUCGUAGACUCAUAGUAAUGUUUGCAACAAG